AUGAGCGGCAGACCGUAUGCGAGGAACCCGCGCGUGCCGUACGCGGACGCCAGAGACCUGGAGGCGAUCAUACCGCACACAUUCCGUAUUGAAUCCCCUGUGCGUCUAAGAGACGCAAAACACGAAGCCAUCCGCAGUGCGAUUCGCCGCCGCUGUAUGCAAAAGAACUGGCGCAAGAUGAUCAGUAUUCGACACCGAAGACUCGCAGACGAAGCUGCAGCGGAGAAGGACGCGGAGGAAAGCAAAAACGAGGAAAAGCUGCAGGCAGAACCAAAACCUACAGAAAAACAGGAAGACGCCGCAACAGCGGCCAAGAAGCAGUUGCAGGAGCUGGAAGUGAAGCUACAGGGUCUCACAGAGCAGAAACACGCCAAGUUCCAACUGCUCAAAGAUAUUUUAGUGGAGGAGGCCAGAUCCAAGACGUCAGGAGGAGGCAACUCGACAGCAGCGAAGAAGCGGCGCGUAGAAUUCAAGGACCCCAGCAUGACGCCCAGUCCAGCCAAGAUGCAGUCACCACCAGUCGCUCCAACCGAUGCAGUUAACGCUAGCCCAGCCGCUGCGAGAGGAUUUACUGCUCCUGGCAGCGCGGAAAAGGCUUGA